AUUUUAAAAAGUAGGCUCACAUAGAAUUCUCUUUGGAUGCUGUUACAGUUGGUGUGUAUGCAACUCUACAUCAAAGAAAAAUUAUGGCUCGAGGAUUGAAUAAAUCUCAACGAAGAAUCAGAGAUGCUUCAGUAGCACGAGAAAAUGCUACUACAGGGGGUGUGAACCAAGAAACACCGCAGUCGGUUCGUAGAAGGCUACCGGUACCGAUUGGAAUCACACCGCCUUCUAACCAGACCAGUCCCAGUAGCUCGAAUAGUUCUUCCCCGAUUCCAAUAGAAACGCSGAACAGAAGUGGGCAAGUUSUAGAGAACCAGGAAGAGGAAAGAGAGCGGAAUGAAGAACAAGACAUGGAGGAAUCCAGGAGCACCAGCGCUACGAAUGCAAUGGCCAUGGAUUCCUUCAUCACGGAGCAACGGGCAUUUAAUGAACGUGUUCUAAGAUUGCUAUCGAACAACUUAGCAAACAAUUGCAACGAACAGGAAAAGGCUAAAAAACAGCGUUUGCCUCUAAAACUGACGGAAUCUGUAAGAUCAGUUUACAAGAGCAUGGAGGAAGCUACGUCAGUGGAGAACGGAAAUGGCAGCGUAAAACUUUGGGAUUUUGAAAAACGGUAG